CAUCAUUUGGCGAUGCUCCAGCGUGACACAAGAAGCAGCAAGGAAGCUUGAACUCUUCGAAGGAUCAAGAAAAAGAAAACAGGAAACACUACACUGGAAAGCGAAUCUAAUCGACCAAAAUUCAAUAUGAACGUCACACGAGUCACCCCAAAUUUGCGAUCUGUCAAUAGCACCUUUAACCAGGAUCCAGGCAUGGAAACAUACCAGCUGAUAAUCCUAGUGGUGUGUUAUUCCAUUGUGUGUCUCGCCAUUUUGACCGUUAACUACCUCAUGGUGCGAGCCUUUAUUACAAAUCAAUCGCUACUAUACCAUCAGAGAUACUUCCUGGGCUACCUCGCCUGCGCUGAUCUUGUGGUGGGACUGGCAUCGAUACCAACCUUCUUGUACAACAUGACUAACUGGCCAAGUUACAGCUUUUACAUCUAUGAAGCAUCUGACUGUGCCUCUGGGUUUGGCUCAGCCGGCAUUCUCGUGGCUCUAUCAGUACAAGCAUUACGUUCAACAUUCAGGUCCCCGACUCGGUACGCAGGUUAUCCUAAAAAGCGCAAUUUUUAUCUCGUCAUCGCGGGCUCGACGUUUAUUGCUGGUGGUGCUGUGGCCUUUAAUGUUGCAUGUCUAAUGGAUUACGUUUCAUUCUUCGUUUACUUCUACUUAGCAGUUGGUCUACUCGCUAUAACCGCCCUCUUCCUUAUCUUCACGUGCACAGUGGUAAUGGUUUCUCAGCUGUAUGGCAAAGUGCGUGAAACUGAUCGCGACGAAGACAAAAAAAUUGUAAAAUCAGUGAUAGCAUCAUGUGCUGUUUAUGUAGUUUUAUGGGCCUUACCUUAUACAGGUUUUACAUAUUAUAAAUUUUGUAACUUUUGUGUCCCUGUUUCCAUAAUGUUUCUGUACAGUGUUAGAAUCGUUUUGUAUCUGAAAUCAAUUUUAAUGCUCGGAUUUUAUUUCUAUACCAUCAGUUCACUUCAUAGAACUGUAAAGAAAAUCCUUACUUAUGACUGUCUUGGAAUACCGAGAUAUCGCUACACCAGAAAAAAUUAAUUGUAACUGAUCUUUUACAAUGUCUCAAACGCGUUUUACUGAAACGCUAAGGUUUUCGAACAGGUCUCGAGGCGAAUGUCCUCAGCGGCAUCAGCAUAUAGCGAUAAGCAAGUAUUGAGACUGAUAUAUUACUUGGUUAUAAUUCACGUUUGUAACAAGAUCACAGGCACGAAAAACCUGUGAGGACUUUGCAAUGUUGAGGUUUCCUUAUAUUCUCUUUUUUAAUAUAAGUAAGUGCUUCAGCACAGCAUGUCUAAUAGAAACAUUCAAAAGAGCUGAGUGUGCGCCCUUAAAAAAAAGCAACAAUAUAACCAAUCAUAACACAUUUUUGAACACUAAAAAUGAUCUUAUCUGCCUCGGUCAGAAGACAGUUUUCAAUCGUAAAACUAAACUUUACUUGAGCCAAACUUUUGGCUUGACUGCAGAGUGAGUCUUGCAAAUAUAAUUCUUCUCGAUUCUUCAAUUCAAACGUAAGCUUUUGACAUGUCUGAUGGAUGCUUAAUUUUACCAAUAAAUGUGGCCGAAUAA